GCUGAUUUCACUGUCCGCCAGCCUUUACCCGCAAUGAACGCAUAUAGGUGCCAGAAUGGUUGUCAACUUGCGCUACUAUUCGUUUUGAGUUGGCACGAGACAGACACUCUCCUCUGUAAUGCUGGUAUGUAUAUAUGUACGCAAAGUGAACAGUCGCAUUGACACCUCUAAAGUCUGCGACUACCUAAUUGUUUUAUCUAGACAACAUGAACAUUUAUGCCCUUGUUGCCCUUGCCAUGAGCUUUUGGAUUUUCGGAUAUUUCACAGCCCUUUACGUAGCUGAGGUGUCUCAAUGGUCCGAUCUUGCUUACAUUGAGUGUCGGCAUACAUAUAUGAUUGAAUUUUGGAUUGUGGCAGAUAUUUUCCAUUGCUCUGGAGGACCUAAGUAUAGGAUGCCUAAUGUGUAUCCUAGUCGCACCGCAUUUCUCUGUCUUCACAAACCACACACCAUCGAGCUCCCCUUGGCCAUGUCCUCCCCGACGGCGUCAUCUCCAGGCUCCACCCUACGAUGCGCCUUUUUUCUCUCUUCUCCUAGGUACUACGUACAACGCUCCUACAACAUAUCUAAGGUUAGUACCUACUCCGUAGAUGGGUACUACUAAUGGAAUAAGGCUCUAGGUACUUAAGUUUGAUGAACCUUUGCUGCACACACAACUACCACUAGGCAAUCGGGAUAUCCGACCUUCUGUGCUAACAAGGGACAUUGGGUAGGAUAAUUUCUCCAAGGAAAGCCAAACAGAUCUCGAUCUGUUGGGUCGCUAGCCAACGGCAUUCGAUUCUCUGAUACCGCCGUUACAUAGUGCACACUACUCUAUACACUACGGCAUUUAGUCGGAUAUGCUAUUUCGAACAUCCAUGCUCCAAAAAAACCAACAUUAAUAAGAACAACCCUGCUGCGACACAAUGAUCUCUGUUCGGAGUACGUGUUUGAUCCAAUAUCCAGGUGGGUGAUCAGCGUGCCUUAUCGCUCUUUCUCGCCCUCUCUCUUUUUUUCCCUUUGGUGGAUGGUUGGUUGGUGUCCUACUUACGUAGGUACUUAUCUAGUGUCUGUCUGUCCUUGUUAAGCAAAAUCUUCCAAGCAUAUUAUGAUUGGGCCUUUGUCCCGCGCGUUGCUCGCUUUUACAGAAUGGUGUGAGCUGAAUUGUUCCCUCUCCACGCCCAGGGCAGUACCUCACUGGGCCAUUGUUUUCUAUCUACCCCGAGGUAGGUUGUGGUGUGUGUCUUUGAAUCCGAGUU